GAUAACAAUAAUUCAUUAUAAUGCAUACUUUAUUUUGGACUGUGUCUGAUUUAGGACCCGGAAGUAAAAAUUCCAAUUUCGCGGAAUUGUUUUGUUUUCUGUGGGAUAAUUCUCACUUAAUUAGUCACCAGAGCGCUUGAAUAGUAAGUUUAUAGCAUAAGUCAUUGCACCAUCUUCAUAGGACAUGCAGAAUGUACAGACUAUUGGAGGAAACUGCGAAAAUAGGGUCAAAAAUAAAUUAUGGUGUUAGAUCUAGAAAACAAAAAUCAAAAAAUUUUGAAACGUUAGGUCUAAUAGACUACUGAUACAGAUCUAAAAAUCAAUGUGUAAGAUUACUAAAUUUUAAAAUUAAUGUAAAGCUCAAUGAUGAGGCGUGGUGCAAUAAACUACACGCUUGAAACGCGUCUGAAUAAACUGGACUUUAAAAAUAUUUCAAAACUUUGUCGCAUGUUGGAUAUUGGGCACAAAUGGAAAGAGUUUGUCUGUGUAGUACGGAGCCCAUAUGAUCCUGAUACUCCAAGAUACACAAUGGAACAUGUAGGAAUGUUCGAAUUUGAAGGUAACAAACCUGGGAGAAGCCCAACUCAAUGCAUAAUAGAAGAUCUGAACACUGUAAAUGUUACACUGAAAAAUCUCAAGUCAUGGCUCUUAGAAAUAAAGCAUUUCCAAGCAGUACAGUGGCUUGUCAGAGAUGUCUUAAAAGAACCCUUUGAUCAGGAAUCACUGGAGCAACCAAGUUGGGGGUCAUCAGGGGGACCACAUGUACGGCUCCAUCCUGGACCAGCUGAAACACCAGUUCAACAAGAGCGAUAUCAAGCAGCAUCAAAUGAACCAUCGCAAACAGAUUCCAGUAUCAUCAGAAGCAUGGUUCCUCCGACUCCACCACACACAGAGGAAGUUCUAUACAGCUCCCAGUCAGAGCAACAAUCACAUCCCACCACUUCCGCAAGUACUGACACAAUUCAAAGCAACAGCAUCUCAUCUAGCAGUAUAUCAACUUUUUCUCUCUUACAUGAAGUACCACCAGAUGGCUCUGAUAACAAUAUGGUGGGAAAUCAUGAAAGCAAACUGUCACAUUUUCCGGUUGCUAUGGAAACAAGUGGCAAUUUUCCUGUGGAGCAAGAUGAAAGUACCGUACCAGGAUCUAGGAGAAACUUUUCUUAUGAAAAACUACAAAUCAUGACAAAUGACUUCAAUGACCUUCCUUUGGAGCAGAAAGGAAACCUCAUUGGAAGGGGAGGAUUUGGAUCUGUUUAUUUAGGCCGGAGGGAGGGUUUGGAAGAUUUGGCUGUGAAGAGAUUGACAGAAGACAAAGCUGCAGUAGAGAAACUUUAUAAAACAGAAUUGGAAAUAUUGCUCAGAUGCACACAUGAGAACAUUUUAACUCUAAGAGGGUACUCUGAAGAUGGACCUCAAUUUUGCCUGGUUUAUCAAUACAUGGUGAAUGGUUCCUUGGAAGACAGGCUCGCAUGUAAGAAUUGCACUCCACCACUGUCUCUAGACACCCGCGUUGGCAUAGUAACAGGCACAGCGCGAGGACUGGACUAUCUUCAUGGGGUUCAGAGAUCCGUUCAUAGGGAUGUUAAAAGUGCCAACAUACUCUUGGAUGAAAACUUCCAGGCUAAAGUUGGAGAUUUUGGGUUUGCACGACAAGGCCCCGUGGAUGGAAAGACAUCUUUGAAAACAGAAAUGGUGAUAGGAACAAAUGUUUACAUGGCUCCUGAAGCAUGGGACUUUAAAAUAUCAGAAAAGCUGGAUUCUUAUGCAUUUGGAGUGAUAUUAUUGGAGAUUCUCACUGGUCUACCAGCCUUUGACAGCAAUAGGGAAGAAAGUGGUUUGCCCAGCCAUGUUGAGGAUGUGAGUGACAAUGACACCACACAGUUUAAGGAGAUGCUAGAUCCAAAGAUUCCUGAAUGGCCAGAUGAGGUUGUUGACCUGUAUUUCAAUAUCUCACAAGCCUGCUUGCAGCUUAAUAAGAGGAAACGUGCCACAAUAAAUAAAGUUUUGCUAGAUUUGGAAAAACUAGCACAUAAUGUCCCAAGUUUGCCUAUGGAUGGGACAAUGAAGCAAAGUAUGGUGUAGUAAUUGUGCAAUGUGUAGUCAUUGUGCAAUGUGUAGUCAUUGUACAUUGUGUAGUUCUUCUGAUGGCUUUCAAGUUCCGAUGUUACCAAUACAUACAACGAUGCAUAGCUUAAAUAUGAACAAAUAGUUGAAAAAUAACUGAGAGGCAAUCAUUUACUCAGUUAUGUGCCAAAUAUGAACCCUGUGAAGUUGGUGCUUAAAUGGAGUUUACGAGAGAAAUAUGAAUGAAUACAUAUAGUAUAUACAGACUCAGUGAGAUAUUCUAUAAAAAAGUGCUUGUGUAUUUAAUCCUAAAAGGUUUAGAGCAUUUCUCUGAUUUUGACCUGCUAUCUCUCAAUAUUGGGUAUUUUGGAUGAGGAAAAUCAAAUCAGGGAAAGGCCAAAAUUGCAAGUGUCACUCUACCUUACCACCUGACCAAAUUUAAAAGCUAUUCAGGCAACAGCGAAGUUGCAAAUGGAGCAGGUAUUCUCUAUCUUUGUUUAUAGGGCUUUUCUAGUAAUAAUACA